AUUAUUUUAUUCUAUGGUUUUCCGUCAAUUCUGCAGCACGGAAUCUUUUUUUUUGAAGGUGCGUUUUCCGGUUUUUUCUAACACGCUACGAACUAUUCAAUAUUAAAGUUACAAUGUGAUACUUAAUAAUAUCAAAGAUGGCUUUAUGAGCAUAUUUUACCUGGUUAUAACAAAUUAUGCUACAUUUAAUGAAAAUUAAUUUCUUCUGAGAAAUGUAUAAGUACAUCAAUAUGAUUUUAUGGAUUUCUACUUGUAUUACUUGAUGUAACUAACAAUGGACUUGGCUUUGACUACAGUAAUAAUUCAUUUCUAUAGUCAAUAUAUUAAUAAUGCAAGUAUCAUGGAAAUGUCAAACGUUCACAAGGGAUAUUUAUAUUUCUGGAGCACCGUGGAACACAGUGGGUCUGGAGAAUAUACCUGAUGAAUAAAAAGUACAAAACCUAUAAGCAAACGCUUAUUGAGAUUUUAGGAUUUUAGACUCAAUAUAUAAAGUAAGAUACAACAAUAUCACUAAUACUAUUUAAAUGUAUUCACAACUGGUCACUUAUCAUCAUUUUAUACAGUUGCAAUAUGUACCAAUGUACUUUUGAAAUGUUACAUGUAUCACUGAUACAAAAUAUUUUCGAAUAUUUUGUAUCUUUUAGCCGACGUAUGAAGUGUACCCGGUAUUGUUUCCAGAAUUCAACUCAUCUUAUAUCAACAUGCAAUAUUCAUUAUAUAUUGUAUACAUACAUAUUCAUAUAUUUAUGAUUAUCAGUAUGAUAGCAUGCAUUAUCAUCUGCUUAACUUUUACUUCAUAUAUAUUACCAACAUUAAAUUAUACAAAACAUAAUCUUUGGAACGUAUUUAUCAAAUUUACAAAAUAACAAAAUGAUUGAAUUCAUACUAUAUUAAUUCCACAUUAUGAGUCUUGCUCAUCUAUAAAUAACACAUAUUUUAAUCUUUAGAAUGUCAUCGUUAAUAAACAAUAUUGGUAGACUAUAUGAAAAUAUAUAGUAAUUUAAAUACUCAUGUGCAAUUUUUUUACUAUGUUAGUUACUUUUGUAAUAUUAAUAUAUUAAUAAUCUUUACAAUAUGAAAUAAUGCUUUUCACUUAAACCCAAUAUACACACACAUACGAAUAAAAUAAUAAAUGUAAUUCUUUCAUUCCUGAAAAAGGGAUGUUUUUAAAAAAAAUCAUUAGUACUUGUCAUUUUUUCAUAUAUUUUUAUUUGAAGCAAGAUUGGGUCAAAUAUUGUUUUCAAGUUUUUUAUUCUCGCAGGUUAAAGUAUAUACGAUGUUAUUUGUGAGAUUUAAUCGAGUAAGCAGUUCAUGAUAGUAACCAGAUAUCGUAACGAUAGAAAUUUGUCAGCAGCACACGUGUAAGACUAUUUUUGAAAUUGACGUCAUUUGUUGCUAUUAAACGAAAAAAGAAUGAGCAAAGAAGGAGCAUGUGCUAGCAUUUGAUCAUUUUUCGAGUACUUAGAAAUUUCUUUUUAAAUCUCGUAUGUAUCGCGUACAGAAUCGAAUAUAGAAUUAUCAAAUGGAUCAUACCUAUAAUAGCUUAAUAAUGUUUCGAAAACAGACGUAAUAACAUUUCUUAAAUAAUGUAUUAUGAUACUAAUACGAAUUAGUUAUAGCUAAUAUAUGUCAAAAUCAUAUAUUAUUCGCUUAUCAAAAGAAACGUUUCCAAUGAUUCCUUCUGUUAUUCAUUUGUCUUCGAACAGAUCUACGUAUUUACAUUAGUGCGUUUCGACAUCUUUCAAGUGGUUCAUAGUCAAUGUACCGAGUAGGACCAACUGUUUUUAUCUAUAUGACAUUCUUCGUUCUCAAUAUUUUUGUGGUUGGUCUAACCAUGACCACUGCAUCCGACGUAUUGAUUCUUGGAUCCACGUCUAUGGGAUACGCAAAUCAACAGGAGUCUAAAGUUCAUUGCCGAUACAGCAAGGCCUAUUCGAUGCUACAGGUUAAAUGCUCCGAUCCAAAGUUGGAGGAAAUUCCUCGUGAUUUAAAUUCGAAUAUACAGGUUCUUGACGCGUCCUUCAGUAGAAUCCGAGAUCUCCACAACGACAGUUUUUCGUCAUACACGAAGCUGCUCUAUAUUUAUCUUGGCGACAAUUUUAUUCAAAACAUCGAGGAGUCUGCGUUUGCUCAACAAUAUUAUCUUGAAGUCCUUGACCUGACGAAGAACGGUUGCGACAAUCUUCCGAAGAAUCUGUUUCAGCUUCCCUACCUACGUAGGGUCUAUCUAGCCGUGAAUAAAUUUGGUAACUCCGUCUUUCAGACCGAAGUUACCUCACCCCUUAAUUUUCUCCAACUUCAUCGUAACAAACUAACAAAGCUGCCAGAAAUGGGAUACUUACCAACGCUUCUAAACCUUAACGUUUCCGAAAAUAUGAUUAGUAAAAUUACAACGAAGGAGCUGGCUCGUUUCUGUUACUUAGAGGUUCUUGAUGCCUCGAAGAAUCCACUCAAUCUCGAAGAGGACAACUGCGAAUGCGUUACCAUGCGGAGAUGGUUGAAAUUACGCAAGAUUAUCUUUAAACCAGAGUACAAUUGCACUCCUGCGGCAUUUGAGCGUUGUGGAAACGUUACCUUUAGCAACGAAACUUUAACGACUUACGAUGAAUGUACGAAUAUCCUGAGGAUACAAAUUCAAACUAAAAAGGCACGCAAUAUAUGGAUCAUUGUGGUUUGCUGCGUUGCCUGCUUUAUCGUUAUCGUCUUUCUCGUACUAUUUUGCUUCCACAAACGUAACAAGAGGAAGAAGCAGAAGCUGAAAAAGGAACAGCAACGUAUAGCUGCCAAUAAUGCGAAUACACAGCUGUUGAAUAGUAAUCUAAAAUAGGCGAGAGUUAAAUAAAGUUUUUUUAUUUUUUUUUGUUUCUUUUUUUUUUAUCGGAGAUGAAAAACUGAAAAAUGUUUUUUCAGUUACUGCACCAUUUUAUUUUUUCAUCGUUAUCGAGGAUAUUGAACUUUCGAGUAAAGCUGAAGGAGGAUAAGGGACAGAAGAGAUUUCGAUACCUCGAGGAGUAUUUGCCCUAUCCUAUUUGCUUCUCUGGGGAAUAUUCCGAAGAGGAUUUACGUUUUGAACGUUCAAGUAUAAGUCUCCGGUAGAUUCGAACGUAUCUUUCGGGACUGUGAUCUCGUGUUUAUAUGAAAGUUUAUGUAGUUUUGUGUAUGUACUUAAGCCUUAACCUCGGCAUUCGUUGUUUCAUUUUUUUUGCGCGUGACUGCCUCGACGUUGUAUGGAUCUUCAGUUUUAUGUGUUUUUUGAUAUUGUCUCUUUUAUAUACAUAUAUUGCAUGUUAUGAAAGUA